CGAGUUGAGUCAUUCCUUCAGGAUAGUAGGCCAGUCAUGCCCGUAAACGUCGUUAUCUUCGGCGAGACAGGCGCAGGAAAAAGCUCCGUAGUCAACCUCGUCCUCGGGAGAGACGAGGCCCCCGUCAACAGCAGCGCCAUCGGUGUCACCUUCGGCGCAAAAUCGUAUUCCGUCGAUCUAGACGGACGCAGCGUGCGCCUCUUUGAUACUUCCGGGCUCGAUGAGGGUGACGAGGGCUCGCGCGUGCCUGCGAUUAUCAUCAUCACGGGCUUGGAGAACGAGGAGCCGAUGAGUGGGUGGUGGACGCAUAACAAGGAAGCGUUUGACAGGUAUGGGAUGUUUCCCAAGGACGUCGCGUGUGUCACUGCGACACGGGGAAAAGAGAAGAGCUUCGGAUACACCUUCGGGGAACAGUACUCCGAAUCAGCGACGAGGGUUCGACAGUGCAUUGUGAAUGCGGCCCUUUCACGUCCGCAUCAGGUUGAUAAAGUGGAGUGGUUCUCGAGGAUGUACAUCUUGGGCUGUAUCCCGAGUGGAGAGUCAGAAGCAGAAGAAGUCAGACAGCUGGUUGAGAGAUGUGGUAUGUCUCGAGAAGAGGCAGAGCGGGUUGCUAGGAGGCUAGACAGGCUUUAGUUUUGCCGGUGUUGAUGACUCUUUGGAUACAUAAAAUAGCAGUUAUUCUUAAUCGUCC